AUGCUAUCAGAUGGAAGCAUAGUAGCUGUCAAAAAGUCGAACAUAGUUGAUGAAAGCCAAGUAAGCCAUUUUAUUAACGAAGUCUUCAUUCUGUCGCAGAUAGACCACAGAAACAUAGUAAAACUAUUAGGCUGUUGCCUGGAGACUGAAGUCCCAUUACUCGUAUACGAGUACAUAUCUAAUGGCACCCUAGCGCACCAUCUCCAUGGCGAACAUCAUGCUUCACCAUUAUCCUGGGAAACCCGCCUUCGCAUCGCUGCAGAAGUAGCCGGAGCGCUUGCUUAUUUGCAUUCAUGGGCUUCUAGGGCCAUUUUUCACAGGGACAUCAAGUCCAACAACAUACUGCUGGAUAAGAACUGUAGGGCUGUAGUGUCUGACUUUGGGAUCUCAAGGUCGAUGCCUGUUAACAAGACUCACUUGACGACCAUGUUUGGCGGGACUUUUGGGUACUUGGACCCGCACUUCUUUCGAUCAGGACAGUUUACAGAUAAGAGCGAUGUUUAUGCCUUUGGAGUAGUGCUUGCUGAACUCUUGACAGCCAUAAAAGCUGCUUCUUCCAGCAGAUGUGAAGAAGGCCUGGUGGAAUAUUUUCGAUCCUUCAUGAAGCAGAACCGGUUACUCGAAAUAGUGCAGAAGUCAGUUGUGGAAGAAGCCAAGGAAGAGGAGAUCUUUGCUUUUGCCAACAUUGCCAGAAGAUGCCUAAAGAUGAACAUUAAGAAGAGGCCUGGUAUGAUAGAAGUUGCGGCUGAUCUUGAUCGUCUCAGAACGAUGCAUGAUGAUACAGUAGGCGGAGAGUGA